GUCAUAUCCAGAAGGCAUAUUUCUGUAACAUGUUUAAAUACGUCAUAUUAUUUGUAACAAUAUGUUACGUGCAAGGAGCUAUUCUUCGUAUUAUUCCUGGAUAUGUGCCAAGAAUAGUGGGGGGUAAAGACGCCCCAGAUGGGGGUAUACCAUACCAGGUGUCACUGCGUAAUUUUUAUGGAUCUCACUUCUGUGGCGGGUCCAUUUUGAACGAGAGAUGGAUAUUGACAGCUGCUCAUUGUACUGUAGGCUCAACUCCAAGAUCCAUGAAAGUAAUAGUCGGCACAAACAGCCUCGUGAAAGGAGGACAAAAGUAUUCAGUUGAAAAAAUCAUCGUUCACAAAGAUUAUGAUGCUGGACUAAUUCAGAAUGAUAUCAGUGUGGUGAAAGUCACCGAAAACAUUGAGUUCAGUGACCGUGUACAGCCGAUAGAACUGCCUGAAGCCAAUACGGGAGCCCAGGCUGAGUUACUGCUGACUGGAUGGGGAAGACUGUCGUACCCAGGCAAUUUACCCAAUGACCUGCAGAUGAUCAAUGUGACGUCACUAAGCGUAGAUGACUGCCAGAACAGAUUUGAUGACAUAAACCCUGUCUUUGAAACGCAAAUAUGCUCCCUAACAAAGGCUGGAGAAGGAGCCUGCCAUGGUGACUCUGGUGGUCCUUUAGUGGAAAACAGCCGCGUGGUGGGGAUCGUAUCCUGGGGGAUGCCCUGCGCUCGCGGCUACCCAGACGUGUACACCAGGGUUUACUCGUUCCUUGACUGGAUCCAGGAUAACAUAGCUGAUGAUGAACCUGAAGAAGCUACUACGAAACAAGACUAAGAAUGUAUUUAUGUUAUGAAUUA